AUUUUUUUCAUUGCACAUACAAGUAUUGGAGGAUUUUUCCUAUCAAAAGUGAAGAACUUGCCAAUAUUUGAUAACGGCGAGGUUGCCAUUGUGAUAUUUGACACUGGAAACGUGAUCACCUAUGAUUCACUGCGUCUCUGGAAACGGGUGCUGGAAGAAGAGCCGAAUCUAGGAGCAGCUGGACAGAGCGUUUUCCUCAUGACAGGACUACCGUCGAGCUAUGGCUUUGACAUGAGAUCGGAGGUGUUGAACUCUAAUAUCAGUGUCUCUCUGGCUAUGGCCACCGGAAUGGCAGUUGGAUUGACCUACCUCAACCUGAAGGCCAACAACAAUACCAUUUCGGAGGACGAGGACUUUUUCAGCCCAAUCGCACACAGAGUGGUGGGAUUUCCUGUCCUUCCUAAUAUAACCUUUUACUUCGGUCUCAACCAGAAAGAAUUUAUCAUGCCAUACGAUUAUUACUUUUUUGGCUUUUCCGAGAACGUUACGAGGAACGACUUUAACGCGAGCAGAGCGAGUUUUGAGGAGAUAUUUGUACUCCACAGCGUUCUGCUCUGGCCGCGGACGAGUCUUGCUACUGUUGCAAGGAAAGUCUGGCCUGGUGAGGGCUCCGGUCCGGAGAGAGACUAUUGCCUGCAAACCCCCUUUGACACCAACCCUGGAGCGCUCAUCACAAUCUUAUUCGGCAUAGUGCUACCGGCUGCUUUCGUGCUUUUCAUUCACAUUUUCUACCACACGUAA